AACUUUACAAUUGUGACCUCCAAAUUUUAACCCGACUCAUUCAUUUUAUAUCGGCCCUCUCAGCUUACUGGUUGUCCAUGUGUCGUUAAAUUUCACAACUAACCAUCAGCUUUUUCAUUCUUUUAUUUUCUUUUAUUCAAUGUCCACUCCGACGACCGCUAAUAUUCCAUCAAAGUGUCAUACGUCCCCUCCGAUUCCUUCACGACGCAUUCAACACGACCCUCCUCCUCCUCAUCACGAUACGAACAGGCGUACACGAAGGACAAAUUCACAAAAUAUGACUGUCGAACAUCCUUCUUCUGCCUCCGACACUUCUUCACAAAGUGGUAUGGCAGACAACGAAACAGAACCAGAACAACAUUCAGAGCUAUCUGCUCAAACUGCACCAGCUCCUAAUAAGAAGAAACGCACACGCACUCUCACGACUCCCCACCAAUCUGCUGUCUUACACGCACUCCUCGCACAGUCCCGCUUCCCGACAACAACAAUGCGCGAGGAGGUAGGCCGUCAAAUUGGUCUCAGUGCUCGUAAAGUCCAAAUCUGGUUCCAGAAUCAGCGUCAGAAAGCCAGGCGUCCUCAGAGCGAUUCUGCACCGUUAUCUCGUCCAGCCCAUUUUGGUCCCUUCUCAAGCGCCCCACAGUCAGCUUCUUCCACCCAAACAGCUCCUGAUGUCCAUAUGUCGGAAUCAUUUCCUGAUGUUUCAGGAGCUUGUGCUUCGCGGAACCCCGUGCCUAGAUCAGGUCCAUCACUUGACCCUGGGCUCUCAGGUCCUGGCAUACCCGGAUGGCGCAAGUCACCCUACCCCACCUCCUCAGAGGAGUAUUCCCGCGUUGCACCGAGCCCCGACUCUACCUCAUCAAUACCAAACCGCAGCUCUCACGGCCUUGAGGAGUUCCCCAGCCUCACGCUACGCGAACCUCUUCCCCGCAUGCUUGCGCCACGCUCAUUUUUAAUGCACGAGGGUGCACAGUCCCCUCCUUCCUCGCGAAUGCUCCCACCAAUCCAAUUUAGUGCCUUGCAAUCACGCAUCAGUACUGACCCUUACGUGUCACCAACGUCCUCACUCCCUCCCUCUAAACCAUCUUCUACCAGCAUCAUGCACCACCACGAGCCCACACGCUACACAGAACAGCGCAUCUCCACAGUGCUAGGCAUUCCUCCCCCAUUCGCACUGCAACCCAAACCACAGUGGGAUCCGAAUAGCUUCGCACCAUUCACUCGCCCGGAGUUCGCUUCAUUUUCGAGUCCACCAAGGUCCACACAGUUCGCGUCAGGGAGCUUCUCCUCUGAAUCUCGUGAUCGUUUUGCUCCCCGCCUCUCCACAGAAUUGCCCAGCACAAGGGAAUCUCAUCCGUUCUUAGCCGAGCGCCAGUCCACCUCAUCCUCAGUUCUGCGUUCGUCAAACACUUUCCGCGAUAUGAAUGAUCCCCGAGGGCACCAUGCACGGGAUUCCUCAUCCGCAGACGGCAGCUGCAAGCGCUCAGAUGACGACGAACCCCACCGAAACCAUUGAUGGCUUCUUUCUCCACCCGUUGCAUGAUGCUGAUGCUUUUGCGCUCAUUUCGGUUCACGAUUGAAAUAUUCACGCAUUCCAUGAAGAAAAAAUGAUGAGUUUUUCUAGCAAAUUCGAUAUACCAUGCUCGUUCCUUACCAGAAACACCGUACAAAAGUACAACUUUUAAUCAUUCGUUUUUUCUUCUCCGCGCUCUCGUUCCUUUGCGUCAUUGUUAUCUGUUCGAUCGUUGCCGCACACCCUUUUUAUUCAUAUCAUCCCUCGUGUCUUAAUCGUUUAUCUCUACGGAAAUUCGUCAUACUAAUCUCAGUAUAGCCUUUAUAACCAGUGUUCUUUUACCACCUAUGUCUUUCUUUUCGAGCACUUCCCCAUCUUCACAUAACUAUCCUUGUCGCCACUAUCUUCCGC